GUGACGCAUCCCAGCGCGCCCCGCGGCGGGCCGAAUUUCCGCUCUAUUUGAAAGUGUUCGCCGCGGCGGCGGCUGCUGCUAUUGUUUCCCGCGGUUCCGGGCCCUCAGCGUGAUGGCCGCCUUCGCCAUGGAGUUGCCGCCGGCCGGAGCUGAACCAAUGACUCUUGGUUCCCCCACCUCUCCAAAGCCAGGAGCUGGUGCUCAGUUCCUACCUGGAUUUUUAAUGGGCGAUUUACCAGCUCCAAUGACUCCACAACCUCGAUCUUUAAGUGGCCCUUCUGUUGGUGUGAUGGAAAUGAGGUCUCCUUUACUUACAGGUGGAUCUCCUCCACAACCAGUAGUUCCUACACAUAAGGAUAAAAGUGGUGCUCCCCCUGUUAGAAGUAUAUAUGAUGAAUUAUCUAGUCCAGGACUUGGAUCUACACCUCUAACCUCAAGAAAACCACCCAGCUAUUCUGUAACGCAGAGUCCAUUGGUUGGAGCUAUGCCAGCAACCCCUGGAACAGCCACAGGUGUAUUUAGUCCUGCAAGUAUUGGACAGCCCAGAAAGACUACACUGUCUCCUGCUCAGCUGGAUCCUUUCUACACUCAAGGGGAUUCUUUAACCUCAGAAGAUCAUCUCGAUGACACCUGGGUAACUGUAUUUGGGUUUCCACAAGCAUCUGCUUCCUAUAUUCUACUACAGUUUGCACAGUAUGGAAACAUAUUAAAGCAUGUGAUGUCCAAUACAGGAAACUGGAUGCAUAUUCGGUAUCAGUCCAAACUGCAAGCCCGGAAAGCCUUAAGCAAAGACGGAAGGAUUUUUGGUGAAUCUAUCAUGAUCGGAGUCAAGCCUUGUAUAGAUAAAAGUGUGAUGGAAAGUUUUGACAGAGGCUCUGCAUCCUCCAUGUCUUCAGUCUUCACGCCACCGACAAAAACCUUAGGCACACCGAUGCAGCCUGCAAGUACUCCAAGGAUUUCUACAAUGAGACCUCUUGCAACAGCAUAUAAAGCUUCCACUAGUGACUAUCAGGUGGUUUCUGACAGACAAACCCCAAGGAAAGAUGAAAGUAUUGUAUCUAAAGCUAUGGAAUAUAUGUUUGGCUGGUAGUAAGCAAUGGAAAGUAUUACACUAAAACACAGUUAGGGCUACAAAUAGACUGCCAGCUUCCUGGUUAGUUGUAUAACCACUCAUGGCAGUAUUUCAGCUUCCCUUCAUACCAGUUAUGCCUUCUGAGAGGAGAAUUCAGCAUACAUUGUUUGCCAUCA